AUGUUUUGCGUUCCAUUAGCAAUACGAGAUGUGUUGGUUGGUGGUGCGUUGUGUGCCAAGUUGCCCACGGCCACAUUCUGGGCUGCUUAUGUGCCAUGUGAAGCUCAAUACAAAGACGCUGUGCAGAUAACGCUCGAGCAAAUUGACAUAAUUGAGCGACUUACCGACCGAUACUCGCCUCAGAUGACAAAAUGCUCUUCAGUUUACGUUGAUGAUUCGCUUGUGGAAAUUCAAGUGCUGGUUACUCAAUUCAUGGCGAUAUUUUCAUCUUCAUUUUCAGAUAUCAAUCAAGCUCAUAAAAAUCGACAAAUUUGUUCCCUGAUUGGUGUUGAGGGCGGACACUCUUUGGGUGGUUCUUUGGGAGUAUUGCGGACAUUUUAUUCGCUUGGCGUUCGAUAUAUGACGCUCACAUCAACAUGUCACACUCCUUGGGCUGACUCAAGCAACGCUGAUGCACCGAAGUACGAUGUAAAACAUGGAGGAUUAACAGCUUAUGGGAAGGUGAGUUUCAUGUCGAUAGCAUUGAAGAACUUUAUGAAUAAUUUAUGCAAUUUGUGGCUUCAACCUAACAUCAACGUCAACAAGACGACGAUAGACAAACUUCUCUUUGUCACAGAGAAUUGCUGUCACAUUCUAAUCACAAUUCGCCUUCUGUUGAUGUUCAGGUUGUUAGGAUAA